AUGGCAAACUACACUGACGGAUCCAACUACACUGAUGGAUAUGACUACACUGACGGAUCCAACUACACUGACGGAUCCAACUACACUGACGGAUUUAACUACACUGACGGAUAUGACUACACUGACGGAUCCAACUACACUGACGGAUAUGACUACACAGACAGAUCCAACUACACUGACGGACCCAACUACACUGACAAAUAUGACUACAUUGACGGAUCCAACUACACUGAAGGAUCCAACUACGGAUCCAACUACACUGACGGAUCCAGCUACACUGACGGAUCUAACUACACUGACGGAUCUAACUACACUGACGGAUCCAGCUACACUGACGGAUCAAACUACACUGACAAAUAUGACUACACUGACGGAUCCAACUACACUGAUGGAUCCAACUACACUGACGGAUCCAGCUACACUGACGGAUCUAACUACACUGGCGGAUCCAACUACACUGACGCAUCCAACUACACUGACGGAUCCAAGACAUGGACUGAGCUCGAACCUCGUAUGUCAAAGUAA